CUCUAUCAGAGGUGAACAGCGAAUCCUUGCAUUAGUCACGUGAUUCAACUUUUAAGCCAAUCACAAACAAAUAUCAGGAUGCAAUCCCUUCCGCUUCCGACCUUUAUCGGAGCAAUGGUGGCUCUUUUGGUUUCCAUGGGAACAACCAACGCGGUUAUUGCCUGGCCAUGUCCCUACCAAUGUGAAUGUGACUCUAGGCUACAAACGGUACGAUGCUCCUUCGUCUACGGGGUCCGCUGGUAUGUAACCCCAACUAAUAUCCCAAGUGAUGUUAGAUCCCUCCACAUAUCUGAUCAAAACAUUUCAUCAGUGACAGCGCUCUCUCUGUCGAACCUCACUAACCUACGUAAACUGGAAAUUGUGCGAAGCAGCAUCCGUGAAUUACAAGACAAUGCCUUGAUAAUGGCACCUAAACUAAGACGCCUCAACCUGAGCGGGAAUAGUCUAAGAGCCAUGCCACGCGCUGUGUCAUCUAUAAGAAUAUUAAAAGAGUUGAUUCUGAGCAACAACUUCAUUUCAGAGCUGAAUCCCUCUGAUUUCGAGAACUUGACGAAACUGAGAGUCUUGGAUUUGAGCGUUAAUAAUAUGUCUAUUUUGCCUCCAGGGUUAUUCCAACCAUUAUAUGAAUUAAGAAGAUUAAACUUAAGUUACAACGCAAUCAUGUCGAUUGACGAUCAUACCUUCCAGAGCCUUACGAACCUUGAGGAUCUUUCAUUGUCUCAAAAUCGUAUCCAGCAGUUAUCACCAAUAUGGAUGAAUAAUCUACAAUCUUUGUGGAUUCUUGAAAUGAAUGGCGCCCUCAUCGAACGAUCUCAAGCAGUACACCUUUUACCAGUCAGUGACUACAUCCGAUAUCCUAAUCUCCAGCAGAUCCGUUUAGCAGGCAACAUGAUAUCAGACCUGCCAUGUGACGCCCUUCGAGUCAUGCAUGGCCUGCAGCUUCUUGAUUUGAGCCACAAUAAAAUCAAAAUCAUCCCGGAUUAUUGUUUUUAUGGAAUGAUAUCUUUGGAAGAACUUCUGCUCAUUUCAAACGAAAUAUAUUUAAUGGAGAGUUAUUCCUUUAUAAAUGUGACGCAGUUAUCAACGUUGGACUUGACGUCAAACAGGCUUGAUGAAAUAAAAGAGGGGCUAUUCUAUGAAACAAGCCUGCAGAGUUUGUAUGCAAAUUUAAACAGAUUUCAAGCGUUGACAGAUAUGACGCUUGCGGGAGCAUUUAACUUAAGACAUAUAUUUCUUCGGUAUAACCAAAUAUCUGAGAUUUCACAUCGAGCGUUUUGGUAUACGUCGUAUCUGACUACCGUUGAUCUACGUGAUAACGCUCUUCGAAGGAUAGGAUCUGAGUUUACCAACUUAACUGGCUUAACUUUCCUUGCAUUUAGUAGUAACAUGAUUCAUACAGUUCAAACAAAUGCAUUUGAAGGCACGUCGAUAAGCUUGAUCUAUUUGCAUAAUAAUAGCCUGACUACACUCCCCCAGCAAACAUUUUCCUACAUGCCAACGCUAUCCACAAUCACAUUAUCAGGUAACCCUUGGCAUUGUGACUGCAGAGUUCGUUACCUCUGUGAAACCAUUAUCAAUUCUCGUGAUCCGUAUCCUUGGAUGGAGGAUUCAGAAAAUAUGGAGUGUGCUUCACCCAAAUCAUUUCAAGAACAAGAAAUGCAAGCUGUGAAGCCGUUUCAGAUGAUCUGUACGACAUAUGCAUCUGCCUUGGCAAUCCAACUUAUUGUUGGAUUAUCCCUUUCUGCUGUGGCCAUAAGUACAGCUCUGUACGUUGUACAACUCUAUUGCAAAGCAAAGAAGUUAGAGAGGAACGGUGUUGGAGAUGCGGGAAAGUGUCUAGCGUAGCAAGACAAGUAUUCACCUUGGCCAAGAUGUUUGGGACAUUUCCGUUUCAUUGAUUUUGACCGGGGUUUUGACUUCCUUUUAUACGAAUUUUGAAUCCAUUUGAAAUCUUUGAAAAAGGGUGACAUUAAACCUGAAGACAAUUCGAUCACGGCAUGAAUGGUUCUGACUUCUUUAGUUGCGAUGAUCAGAACUCGGCUGAUACUGCUUAAUUCUGUCUUCAUUUUAUAAACUAUCCUUUGUAAAACAAUAGAUUGCAUUACCUUCAAAUUGUUAUGUUUAUCAUGUUUAUGCUGGAAUUGUACAUACCUUAUUUAGUACAUGUACCAUUUUGUAGUCCCAGUCAUACUUACAGACAUUCCAUUAAUGAGUAGAACCUCGUUCCUUGUACUUGAUUUCGUUAAGAAUUUCGUUUAGUUCAUAAUUUCGUUUCGUUACUGAAUGAUUGUCUCCAGAGAUAAAUUGUCAACAGUGCUAUUAUUUGACUGUCACGACUUUCUCGGCGCUUAAUAAUGGUCACCAGUAUAGAGGUCUAUAAUCUUAUGAUUUAAAACUCCCUGGUAAUAUCGACACUUCCCAUAGCAAGGUAUCAAUGUUGAUACUCAUUCUUCAUGAAGUUUUCGUGUGUCACAUGCCGCUGUACUGGGCUACCCUAUACAGUGAUAUGCCCGCUUGGCCGAGCUCUCGGGUAAUAAGUCGACAUCGCUUUUGGUGGUAUGAAAAGACUGGUAUUUGUUGAAAAUGGAAUGAUCGACUAUCAACCAUUCAACCAACCCCCAAAAGGGAAGACCUCGGUUGUUGAUCGCACGAUUGCGACGAAAAUUGGCAAGUUCGUCAGGACUUUUUAUCAUUUUGUUAAUUAAUUGUCCCAAUUUUAUGCAUGAAAUUAUAUUCGGCUGUAAAUCCUUAAUUGAAUCUCAUAAUCUGCUUUCAUUUUUUGUCUCGCCUGCAUAGCAGAGCGAGACUAUGGCGCCGCUUUUCCGACGGUGGCGGCGCGCCGCCACCGCCGCGGUGAUGGCGGCGUCGUCGUCAUAGACCAAGUUUAUGAAACUUGGACAUAAGGGUAAUCAAGUGUAUCUGAACAUCCUGCCUGAGUUUCAGGUCACAUGACCAAGAUCAAAGGUCAUUUAAGGUCAAUGAACUUUGGCCGUUUUGAGGGGUAUUUGUUGAAUUGGCAUCAUAACUAAGAAAGUUCGUGGAUCUAAACAUGUAGUUCAUGAAACAUAGACAUAAGUGUAAUCAAGUAUGUUUUGCACAUUAUCUAAUACCUUGGUCACAUUUGCUAUACGGCGGCCGUACGGCAAGUCGAAAACAGCCGUUUUAACAUUUUUUGCACAAGCUACUUUUAAGUGGUUUGGAAAAAAAAUGAAUAAAACGGUUGUUUUCGACUCGCCGUAGAGCAAAUGUGACCAAGGUCGCAUGAUCUUGGUCAAAGGUCAUGUUGGGUCAACGGACAUAGUAUUUUAUUCUCAUUUGAGUGUUUUCUUUUUUGAAUAAUUAUUCUAUUUUUAAAGUCAGCGCUGCUGCUAUAUCGAAUCGCCUGAUGCAGGCAAGACUGCCAGAUGCGUUCUACUUGUUUUGAACUAGACAUUCCCUUCUUAACGAACAUGGAUCAUAAAAAAAUGAUAGACUAAUCAUGACAUUGAUAUAUCAGUUUUAAAGUCAUCUGUAUAAUAGGACAUAUACCUUACCUUACAAUGUGAUCUGUAAUAGGACAUAUCUUACCUUACAAUGUUAUAGUCUUUGUAUGUUUGAAAAUCAAUUGUAAGUUUUCAUCUCCAUGUUUGGCCUGCUGUAUGAAAAAAAAGCUCACAGAAAUGAAUUUUGAGCCUUAUUCAUUGUCCAAAAAAACCCGGCUUGUAACACUCAUCGAAGAUGAAAAUAAAAUGACAAUGCCUGUAUGUGACCAGCUUUUGACCAAUCAGACGUUAGUAUCUGUGCAUGGCUAUCUAAUAUCUUUAUACAUUCUAUAUUGUUUCCGAAAUUUCUUAUUUGUAUAUAUUUCUGUUUUCGACUUUUUUUUUCAUUGUAUUGUGAAUGAAAACCUCGGCAACAAUAUAUCGAUCAUUGACGACAUGAAGCUUCAUUGAUUCAAAUCAGUAAGAAUGAAAAUAAUGACACAUUAUUUUUUUCUAUGGAGUUGUGCAUGAAAUCACAUUCAGCAUGACCAGCAAUAUGGGGUCUCACAUGAACUUGCGAAUCGUAUACCAGGGAGUCGAAAAUGUGACAUUAAAAGCUGCGUGAGAUUUAAAGGACAGGUCCACCCCAACAGAAAGUUUAUUUGAAUAAAAAGAGAAAAAUCCAACAAGCAUAACACUGAAAAUUUCAUCAAAAUCGGAUAUAAAAUACGAAAGUUAUGACAUUCUAAAGUUUCGCUUAAUUUCACAAAAACAGUUAUAUAUGCACAUCGUGGUCGGUAUGCAAAUGAGGAGACUGAUGACGUCAUCCACUCACUAUUUAUUUUGUAUAGUAUGAAAUAUUCAAAGUUUCUUGUCAUUGUCAAGUGAAACAACGAUCAAUUUCUCACUGAACAUGUGGAAUUAGCAUUAUUUAAUACGAAUUGGUUCAGUCAAGUUGGUCCUUACUGUCAA